AUGCCCUUUACGCCUGCAUUGAGGGGCGAUGCAAUCAACAAUUUCGAGUUCGUCAAGCAAAUCCACAACUCAUUUGCGCGUAAAAUGGACAUUCUCAAUUCCGAUCUUCAGCUCAAAAGUGAAGCGACGUCUAAACGAUCGCGCUCAGCUAGACAUACCCAGGAUGAAUCCGAAACGGAUGCAGGAUUUCAUUUCAUUGCGUUUGUGCCCGCCUUAGGAAUAGUAUGGAAGUUCGAUGGCCUCGAACGCCAGCCCCAUGCGCUUGGGAAGUAUACGUCGCACAAGGAUUGGUUAGACCUGGUGAAGCCCAACAUUCGCACCAGGAUGGAAGAAUACGAAGAGGGACAGAUUGAGUUUUCAAUCCUAAGUCUUGCCAAAGAUCCGCUUCUUGAUCUUGUAGACCGAUUAGCUACCAACGUGAAACAUCUGGAAUCAGUCAACGAGCGCCUGAUCUCUUCCCAGCAGGGAGAAACAGGUUUCGACUCGGCGUUAGAGGACCGUCUUCAAAGCGCCGUUCUUGGACCCGACGAAACAUAUGGCCUAACCAGGGAGCAAAUCGACCAAGCCAAGAUUCCUGCAGAGCGGGAGGCUGAGUACAGCACCUACUCCUUCCAGGACCUGGCUGAGCUUCAGCAGCAGCUGGCGGAUGAACAACAAUUGCUCCGAACUGCAAUUCGCGAAGAGCAACAGGCCCUCCAAGCCGAUGCCGAUUACGUGGCGGGGAGAAGAUAUGACUACGGGCCCGCAGUCAGGGCUUGGGUGCGCUCCUUGGCCCGGAAAAGGGUCCUUGAGGACUUGACCUGA